GCGCAGUCGUGGCGUCCCUGGCAUCCGAGCACAGCAAACGUCAGUUUGUUUAACAAUCGCGGAGUAUAAAUGCUCAAAUUAGCUAGGCGGCUGCAGGAGGAAGCAGCGCUGAGCCUUGCCCGGAGGCGGUGGCACCAGCAGCCGCGAGGAUCCCCUCGCUGACCUCUCCCUGGUUAGUGCCCUAGGGCUGCUGAUGUGGAGUACCCAGGGGGAGGAUCCAUCUAUGCUGUUAGUCCCGUAGGAAAAGAAACAACAGCUUCCCCUUCCCCUCGCUAACCCAGCCCCAGCCAGUCAACCUCGGCUCUCCGUCGCUGUGUGACCAUGGCCGACAGCUUGCGGAGAUUAAUCAACAACGAGAGCUGCAGGAUUUUGCAGGAGAAGCUGGAGAACUGGUAUAAAGAUUACCACAUUAACUCAUGUGAUCAGAAUCUGAACCGAUGUUGUGAAAUCAUAGAAAUGAACUCCAUGAUUCAGGGGCAACUCUUCACAAUCCUCAAUCAAACCGCUCGAGAAGGUGGGCAUUAUGCAGGUGUAGAGACAAUAAAAUCUCGUCUCCUGCCAUGGCUGGGGACUUGUUUUUCCAGUACUACUUCGGGAAGGCCCUUUGAAACCAGUCUCUCUCUCAUUCAGGAGUCAAUUGAGAAAGAAAGGCAGCUGAGGGAAUUUGCCAGCACUCGGAACCAUGAACUACAACAGCUGGAGAAAGAACUGAACUCAACUCGUUUACAACUCACCUUAGUGCAACAAGAUCUGGCAGAAGCCCAGAUGGCUCUUGAAGACACAAAGACCAAAUCAGCCACUACCCUUUUGGCAGCAGAGGAUGAAAUUGUUCAUCUAAAAGCAGCUCUGAAGGCUUCCCAAGCACAGGAAGAGAGCACUUUGAGGAAUCUGGAUCGUCUGAAUGAUUAUGAGCAACAGGUUCAAAUACUAAAGGAUGAGAUUGCCAUCCUGGGUGCCCAAAAAUCUGUUCUUCACAGCAGACUUGCACGGAGUCGCUCUCCUUCUCCAAGGCCCUGCCGAAGUAGAUCACCUAGUCCUCUUCCACUCAGGAGCUGCUCACCUGGCCGGGCCAGGCUUACGAAUGCUGCACGUCAUGCCCACCUGGUGGCUCGCUUUAGUGAGAUUUAUACUCAAGAACGCUUGGAUGCACAGAACCUUCUGAGGACUUAUAUCGAUGAUCUGGAGAUAGUGCAGAGGAUAAUAUAUGUUGCAGCUGUGGAGUCUUUCCAUGCAGCGAAGAUGGCCUUCAGACAAUUCAAAAUGCGUGUGAGAAAGACUCUGUCUCUAACUUACUCAGGGCCUGAAUCACUUGAAGACACUGUCCUGGAUUAUAUAGUUCGCCAUGAGGAUCUAUAUGAUGUUCAAGCCAGUGUCAAUGAAGUAAUUCGUGCCAUGAAUAUCAAUCCUAAAAUUUCAUUCCCACCAGAAGUUGACUUCAUCAUGAUCAGCAGUUUGAUUCGGGAGUUGUGCCGUGUAGCUUUUUCAAUGCAGACCUUGGUUCCUCCCCUCGAUAUUGCAUUUGGUGCAGAUGGAGAACUUUUUAAUGAGAGCAAAUACCGUCGCAGCUAUGACUCUGAUUUUACCGCUCCCUUGGUGGUUUAUCAUGUGUGGCCUGCUCUGAUGGAAAAUGAUUCUAUUAUUGUGAAGGGAGAGGCAGUUUCAAAGAGAGGUGCUCUGUGGUCUCGCAGGAGCAGGAGUAAAAGCAGAAGCAGAAGCCGCAGCAUGAGCCCUAUUCUGUCUCAUUCUGCAAGCCCCAGCCGCACCUUGUUACCUCGAAGUCGCAGCCCUUCCCCAAUAAGGAGCGGAAGCCCAAGACUUUAAAUUAACUGGAUAUGUUUCUGUGAUUCUGUACAUCCGGAUCAGUCAACUUCAGUGGUGCCUCCUCCUGUUCCAAGAGUACCUCAAACCUCACUUAAGAUAAUGUGAAUGGCAGUUUUGUGUUACUCCAAAGGGAGGGUUAAAUGUCAUUUUUGCUUAGUGUGUUUUUAUAAGUUUAGUAGAGUUUUUUUAUCAUUAUAGAAAUUAGUUGAACCAAUUUGAUAAAAAAAAAUUGCAUAGACAUUUAGGAUCAUACUCCCUGUGGCAUAGAGUUUACACAGCUCUUAGCAACCCUUGCAGAAAUAGAGCAUCAGAUCUAAGGAUCACAUCUAGAACAUUUUUACCUGAAACAAAAGGAUGCCAUUUAUUUUGACAACAUAUUUAAUAUCACAUGAACAUUACAACUUGUUGAGAUUAGCUGUUACUUGAAAACAAUGUCACUAGAUGGUGCUUAUGUACAUUUCUAGAAGGCAGCACUAAUCUCAGGAUGAAACUUUUAAUUACGUGAAUAGCAUUGUUUUGUCACUAAUGUAUCAACUGAAAGUGGUCUCUGUUGUCUGACUGAUGAAAUACCGGUAGUUUAUGACUGGCACAAGUGACUACAGCAUUUCAGUCUCCGGGUCUUCAGUUACAUUGAUUUAUGAAAGCACACAGCUAAUGGGUUGUAUGAAGUGUUGUGCUGGUUUUGGCAUGGAAUUCACUAUGCUUGUUAAAUUCAGUCUGUUACUGAAGAAAGGAAUCUCACUAGUGGUUGCGAUUUGGACCUUAUUGAUAUUUCAAAAGUGUGUCACUGAACAUAUUGAGGUUUGAAAUACUUGCUUGGGAUGCAUUAACUAUUCAGUAUCUCCUCCAAGUACACACAGAACAAGAUUUGAGCCUUCAUUUGAACACAAUCACAAAAGUUUGACUGUUAAAGACAGUAAUUUGCUGCAUUCUGAAUUAAAUAAUUGAUUAUUUUGGUCUCAGAAGUAUAUUGGUUCUUCUGUCAUUUUAAAGGAUUUCUUGUCCAUUUUGUAAAAAGUUCAUGUUAAUAUCAGAAUAUUUGUUUCUAAGAGAACUGAUUUUCUUUUUUCUCUCCUGAACCUCAUCUGUAGGGCCAGCCUUAAAUACAAGCAACACAAGUGACUGCUUGGAGCCUUGUGCUUUUACAUAGGAACCUAGGAUGUUUAAUAAUGGAUCUGACCAUUAGUUCAUCAAGUCCAGUAUCUUGUUUCAGUCCAAUACCUGAUGCUUCAGAGGAAAGUGGAAAUUUCCCAUAACUCAGCUUCCUGGUUGUGGAAUGUAAAUGGCUGCAGGCAGGAGGAAUUCCUUCCUGUCCCAUGUUGCAAUCAGCUUAUGCCCCGAAACAUGAGAUUUCCUUACUUUCAUUGUAACAAAAUCCAUAGUUGUACACGCUGUUAGUCAUGAAGUUAUUUAACUCUUUAAAAAUUCACCUAUAUUCAUUAAUUCCAUGACCUCUCUUAGGGGGACUUGUGCAGACUUGGUACACUCCCUUCUUCCUCCCCACAUCUGCAGGGCUGUUUGAGGCUCUACAAACUUUAAAACCAGACCAGCCCAACUUCACUAUACACUACUGUAACUAUAAUGUCACAAUUGGUGCCUGUAUACACAAACCGUGGGCCUGAUUCAGCUCUGACCCUGGUUUUAUACAUAUGUAAUGUAAAAGUUACUCCUGAUUUACACCAGGGUGAGAGAUCUGUGGGGGCUGGUAUAUGCAGAAUCAUUUCCACAGGUCCUCAGAAUGAAGUGAGAGACGCACCGAAAUGGAAAAGGCACUCAAGUACGUGGUGGGCUCUCUUGUUGUCUGUGAAAAUCAGUGCACAUAUGGCCUCUGAAAUGAACAUUUAAAGAAGUUUGUUCCGUCUUAUAAGCUCUUAUAUUGUUAGUUACAGCCAGGGAGCUGGGGUUAUGGUUAUUCUGUAUACUUACACAUCAAUCCCAUUAUUAAUAUCUCUAGAUAAAUGUCUUGAUUUUGAGCACUGGCAGCACUGAAGUCAGUGAUCAUAAGAAUGGCCAUACUUGGUCAGACCAAAGGUCCAUCUAGUUCAG